GGGCUGGGGAUUUGAGUCCUGACAGCUUCUGUCCCUGUCAGUGCAACAAUCUUCUGCCCAGCUGCAACCAUGCUGCUGCUGCUCCUACUGCUGCUGUCAUCAGCUGAUGGCGAGGCUCAGCAUGUGACAGGUCAGAAGAGGAAUGGAUCGUGUGUUUGUGAGGUGGACUCCAAAAUGUGGUCCUUCCCUGCUGUGAGUUAUGGGACCGUGCUGCAGCGGGUUGAGUACUGUGAAGUAUCGCUGAAGAGCCUGCAGGAAAAGGUGAAGUUGUCCAACCAGCGGCUCCCUGAGAUCCAGGCUCUGAUCAAGAACAUGACAGAACGGUUGGAGCCUCACCAGUACCUGCACAACCAGGGCCUGUACACAGACCUGUCAUUGCACCUGCUGGGCCAGGAGCUUAGCCAGCUGGAGACAGAUAUCAGUGCCAUCCACAGCCAGUUUAACAGCAGCCAAACACACACACUCUCCAAAGAGGUGGGUAAACUGCGUACAGAUGUGGAGAAGAUGAAAAUGUCAGACACAAUCAACAUGAAGACUGUCAAAGAGAAGCUGCGCUACCUAAAGAAUGCCGCAGAGUCCUGCAAGUCUAUCCCCAAAGACUUCAGAGGCCGGAACAGAUACUGCCUCAAGGGCCUGAUGUCCAACAUCAGUGAUCCUGUCAUUACUAAAGUCAGUCCCUAUGGGAAGAGUACCAUCUCUGGUUCCUGGGGCAAACAGGCCCAGGUGGACAGUGAGGGACAGAAAAACAGCUACUGGGUUCAGCCUCUGCUCAACAGCAACAUCUGGGGCAACACCUUGCGGGUCUACCAAUCCUAUGAAGACUUCAUGGCGUCCGCCAACCACAAGGACUUUACCCUUGCUCCAUCUUUCAGUGACACCAAGACCCUGGAGGGCCCCAGUGCUGUUCUGUAUGGAGAAGCACUGUACUAUCACUGCUACCGCUCUGCAGAUAUCUGCCGCUAUGACCUCAAAAGCAACACUGUCAAGCGGGUGACACUGCCGGGCACUGGCGUGGGAUUCAACAACAAGUUCCCAUAUUGUUACUAUGACUGCCGUGUCAAUAGUGAUGUGGACGUGGAGGCAGACGAGACAGGGCUGUGGGCCCUCUACGCCACUGUUGGCAACCACGGUAAUCUUGUGGUGAGCCGCCUAAUCUGGGACAGCGAGGCUGAGAUGCUCAAUGUCUCACAGACAUGGGAGACGAAGUUGUUUAAGAAGGCAGUGAGUAACGCCUUCAUGGUGUGCGGUGUGCUGUAUGCCACUCGUUAUGUGAACGAAUACAGCGAGGAGGUGUUCUACGCCUUCGACACAGCGUCAGGCAGAGAAGACAACACGCUCGCACUGCCGAUGGAGAAGGUCGCCAAAGGAGUGGCCAGCCUGAGCUACAACCCCACCACUAGGCUCAUCUACAUGUACAAUGAUGGCUAUCUGCUGGCCUACCAGGCCCACUUCUGAUCUCCAGCUGCUGUAACUGGCUGGUUCUACUUCUUCUUGUCACAUGACACUCACAACAGGAAAUAAAUGUGCUAGAAUGGUCAUCUCAGAAUAUGUCAAACUGUAUCAGAUAAUCCAGGGUACAUAUCACAUAUUGUAACAAAUUUUUUUAACUCAGAAUGCUACAAAUUAUUAAAAAGCAAAUAUAAUAAAAAAAUUAAUAACUGAC